UCUGGGCGCCAGCAUAUAAAAGGUUCGGGAGGGCCCUCUCCUCUCACACACUGACCGCCUGAGCCCACUCCUGUACCCACACACUGAGCAGAGUCAUCAUGUCUGGAGACAAGUCGAAAUCUGCUUCCCAGACCGACGGCAAGGCCGCCCAGGGGAAGAGAUCUGAGAUGGGCAUGAACGCCUACAAGAUGUGCGUCUUCGACCAGGAGAACUUCCAGGGCCGCUGUAUGGAGAUCACCAAUGAGUGCAUGAACGUGUGUGACAUGGGCAUGGACAGGGUCCGCUCCCUGCGUGUCGACUGCGGGCCUUUCGUGGGUUAUGAGCAGAUGAACUUCUGUGGUGAGAUGUUCAUCCUGGAGAAGGGAGAGUAUCCUCGCUGGGACUCCUGGAGCAACUGUCAGAAGAACGACUACCUGCUGUCCUUCAGGCCCGUCCGCAUGGACCCUGAGAAGCACAAGAUCUGCCUGUUCGAGGUUGGAGAGUUCAAAGGUCGUAAGAUGGAGAUCAUGGAUGAUGAUGUUCCCUCUCUGUUCUCCUACGGAUUCACCGAUAGGGUCGGCAGCAUCAUGGUCAGCUGCGGAAGCUGGGUGGGUUACCAGUUCCCUGGAUACCGUGGUUCCCAGUACCUCCUGGAGAAGGGUGAGUACCGGCACUUCAACGAGUUCGGCGCGCGGCACCCCCAGUUCCAGUCUGUGAGGCGUAUCCGUGACAUGCAGUGGCACCAGCACGGCUGCUACACCUUGUCCAGCAAGUGAGGGUCCCAGAGGGCGAGAAAGAGAGUGAGCGGAGGAGAGGCGGAGGAAGGGCACAGUAGAGGAGGAGGAGGAGGAGGGGGGAAGGCUAAAAGGGACAGGAAGAAAGCACCCUAUCUAUAGGAAGAUAGAAAGCUCCCUCCAUCCCUCCAUCCGACCCCUCACCCCCCCCGGUGAUCCUCUCCGUGGUUAGAUCUUUUUUUUUAGAGCGAGGGAGAGAGUGAGGGAUGGAGGGAGGUACUUGUUUUUUCCCCUCUUGAGACGACGCCCUCUACCUGUUUGAGAGAUGUAAGACUUGUGGCGUACAGCCGCCCUGAUUGGACAGAGACGUCAACACCACGAAACAACAAUGGAUUCUAAGACUAUUGACGUAAAUAAACAACGACAACAACUCACAGAUCAACAAAGACCAGAUGUGGUGGGUUGAUAUGUAGAUAUUCUCUCUAUUUUUCUCUCUCUCUCCCCGUCUCUGUUAUUUUCAGACCCCUCCCUUCCCCUCUCUCUCUCUCUUUUUCCCCCUCGCAUAAUUUACUUUUCAUCCAACCAUCCUGUUUCUCUUCAAACCUAAAUUCAGCCCAAAAUGAGACGACUAAUGUGUCUCCUUUGACUCUGAUCUAUGGGGGUACGGAUGUGUGUGUGGGUCUGUUGUCGUGGCUAGAAGAGGGAACGGUUUCUAGGGUUCUAGACUUCUAGGAUUCAAGACUUCUAGGAUUCAAGGAGAUGUGCUGCGUACCUCUGCCACAGUCACUGUAAAAGCUUGUCCUCAGACCCGGCACCCUCUUCUAUCCUAACCCAAAUAAAGAGACUAAACCUGA